AUGCCCGUGGCAAAGUGCCAAGGUUUGUCCUCAGUGCCGAGCUCAGAUUUAGUUUGUGUCAGCCCUGGGCCCACCCGCGGCCCUGCUUUCAGCGCGACUGAGGUGUGGAUCCCCUUGGUGUCGAUGUCCAAGAGCCUGGGACUGGCAGAGUGUAAGAAUUUCCUGUAUGUGGGUGGAGUUGAACAACCUCACAGUAAACCUUUGGACCUGCAGCCCUUCUCGAUGCCCAAAGGGCGCUUCACCUUGAUCCUGAAGAACUUACACAGCAUGGACCACUCCGAGCGACUCUUGGUCGAGGAGAUUGCGCACUUUGUAGGCGGGGAACUCACGGCCUUCAACGAGCCCUUGAGCACCAUUGAGGUUGAGAUGUCGGAUGCCCCUGAGAAGUUAGUGAAUGCUUUGUGCUGCGCUGGCCUUCCGGCACAGUUGCAGAAGGAAGUGGUGUUGGAGGCGCCACAAGAUAUAGCGAUCCUGCAAAUUACAGGCAUGACCUGUGCUGCCUGCGUCGGCGUCGUGGAGAAUGCGCUGAAGGGUGUCAACGGGGUGAAGAGUGCAGGAGUCAAUCUACUGAUGAAGCGUGCAGAAGUGAAACAUCGAGGUGUCCCUGUGGCAGAUCUGUUGGAUGCUGUGGACAUGGUGGGCUUCGAGGCUGAGCUGUUGCAGGAGCUCAAGGAGGCGCCCAGCCUUCAGAAAGGUGAGAAGUUGCAAUGUGAAGGAGAGGAUGUUUUUGGCGUCUAUGCCGUUUCGGAUGUGCACACGGACAAGAGGGAAAACAUGGAACUUCUUCAGAGUUGGCCCCCACGCCCCAAGGAUGUGCUUCUCUUAGCAGGAGAUGUGUCUAACGACUUGUCAGUGGUGAAAACGACCCUGCAACUUUUGCUGGAGCGCUUUGGUCAUGUUUUCUUUUGCUCAGGCAAUCAUGACCUCUGGCUUCAUCCCAAGGAUGGGUGCAAGGAUUCAGUUGAGAAGUUUCAGAAACUGGAAGAGCUUUGUGAGGAGCUCGGGGUCAAGACACAGCCCAGCUUCGUUGGAAAGGUCUUGAUCGUGCCGCUGCUUUCUUGGUACCAUGCCAGCUUCGACAAAGAACCCGAGAUCUUGGAUGAGACCCUGCCGCCUGUUGAGAAGAUGAUGUCCGACUUCAUGCUGUGCAAAUGGCCUACAGGCCUCACAGCUUUGGAGGAGAGCGACUCCAUCGCUCGACACUUCGAUGACCUCAACGAGGGGCGGGAGGCUCUGCGAGCAUCAAGGCCUUCGGCCAGGGCAGUGAUCACCUUCUCGCACUUCUUGCCGCGGCCAGACCUACUGCCAGAGAAGCGUUUUCUCUACUUCCCACCCAUUGCCAAGGCUGUGGGUUCCAGCUUCCUUGGUGAGCGACUCAAGCGCUGGGCGCCUGACGUCCAUGUCUUUGGUCAUACGCACUAUGGCUGGUGCAGCAUUCACGACGGUACUCGUUUUGUACAAGCAUGUUUAGCGUAUCCCCGUGAACGCGUGGAUCGGCCUUUCUCAGUCUACUGCAAGGGCAGCAGCGGAUCCCGCGCUGCUCCGCCCCUCUUGGUCUACAGUGCCUCCCAAGACUUCCCCGAGUACAAGGGUUUCUGGUCCGGCUACUACGAGGAACAGCCGCGUCGUCAUGAGCUGCCCUGGCUCUACCAGAGCCGGAACCAGGCCAUACGUCGUCCGGAACCGAUGCCGUGA